UUCGCCGCGCUGUGUAUUCUGGGAACACACAGUAGUUUCAAGAUGGCGGCGAGCAGGAGGCUGGCCAAGGAACUUGAAGAGAUUCGCAGGUCUGGAAUGAAGAACUUCAGAAACAUACAAGUUGAGGAAUCAAACCUAUUGUCAUGGCAAGGGCUCAUUGUUCCUGACAACCCCCCUUAUGACAAAGGUGCGUUCAGGAUCGAAAUCAUUUUCCCCACCGAAUACCCUUUCAAGCCUCCCAAGAUCACAUUCAAGACAAAGAUCUAUCACCCCAACAUUGAUGAGAAGGGCCAGGUGUGCUUGCCUGUGAUCAGUGCAGAGAACUGGAAGCCUGCCACCAAAACUGACCAAGUAAUUCAGUCCCUCAUUGCGCUGGUGAACGACCCUCAGCCGGAGCACCCCCUGAGGGCAGACCUAGCAGAAGAAUACUCAAAGGACCGUAAAAAAUUCUUGAAGAACGCUGAAGAGUUUACAAAGAAACACGGCGAAAAGCGGCCAAUGGACUGAUCACCCGACGAGCGCGUAGCCCCCUCUUCUGUCUCUUCCUCCUCUUCUUCUCUUCUCCUCUUAUCUCACCUGCCCCGACCAAACACCAUCCUUCCUCUCGCCUCUCUCACACACACACAAACACACACACACACACACACCUCCCCACCUUCCUCGCUCACUCUCCUUCCCCCCCGCAUCCCCCCCUACACACACACACACACCACUCAUCCCCACAGCCCCAGGAGCCGCCCAGCUGAAAGUCAGGCAGCGGCAGCCUAAGCCGCCCUUCCCAUCCAGGACUCUCUGUGGAUCAGACAGCUUCCUCCUCCCCCUUCCUCCUCCUCCUCCUCCUCCUCCUGGCCAUAAAUAUCCAGACCAACUCUAACUUUCUACUCUUUUCUUAAAGUGAAAAAUGGAAAAAGAAAUGCUAAGGGAACACGAAGUUCAGAUGAAGAGUUAGAUGGAAAUACUCAAAGUAACGUGUUCAUUUUUCUGUUGGCUUUUCCUCUAUAUAAACAGCUCUUGUGUUAAAUAGAUCUCACUUAGACUAGCCAUUUUUCUGAAGUAUGUUUUUUUUUUUCUUUUGACCCAUCACCAAUAAUCUUUGAAGCUAAAAAAAAAAACGUGACAGAAAGAAGAGAAGCUGUAGCUAGGACCUGGAGGCAUGUGCCGACUGACUGCCAUGUUUCCCUUACCUUCACUGCUUCUCGACUUGCACUGUACUCCGUGGAACAGUCCCCCUCUCUCAUCUCCUCCCACACUUUUCGUACGCCACUGAGCAGACACACACACACACACUGACAGGCCACACAUGAAUUGAAUAGUUAUUUUCUGACGAUGCUACAGGAGAAUCUUGAGUUGUAAACACUUGGUUUCCAGACAUGCAGCGAUCAUCAGCAGGCCCUUACAUUUUUUCUCAUCUAUGUUGAUGGGCUUUUUUAAAAUUUUGCACCACAGAUCAGUUGCGCGCUUAAGGCCGUACUGUUAAAACAAUUGGCUACGGCCACUUUCUUUUCCUCAUUAGCCAUAUGUUUCUUUCUCCACCUUCAAUUGUUUUCCUCUGCACUCGAUCUAUUAAAUCUGAGGGAAUGUGGGAAGAACCUGUUUAGUUAAAUCAAAUCUUUUGCGCAUGUCUCCUCUCCCAACCUUGGGCGCCCCUGUAAAACCACCACCCAGAAACAAGAGCCCUUUACCACACCGAGCGCACGUUCCAGCAGUAGAUUGUCAGCUGCCCGGCCCAAAAAGGGACCCAGGUCGUCGGGGUGAGGGGAAGGAGGAGCUGGAGAAGGAUGCACUCAGCUUGGAAUAUGGAGCUCAGCUCCCAGAGGCGGUCCAAAAACAAGCACCUUGAAGGCAGUUGGGAAUGAGGGCUGGCUGUCCCCCCCCACCCCCGGAGAUGUGUCGGGACACGGGAAGGGACUGCAGUGGCAAAAAAAAUCCACCAUGUAACAGCUGUUUGAUCUGGUCCCAAUAUUGUUUCAUAAUAAAGAUGGCUAACCAUUUGGCCUCACUGUCUGCCUGGUAGUCAAAUGGAUGUUGCACAUGUUUGGCCUGUGAUAACUCAUUGUCAUGACUAUACAGUUGCUCCACAGUCUCACAAAAAAAAAACCCUCAGUCCAUGGUCCAUUAAUUGUUUUUAUUUUGUUUGUUUUUUUCGAGUUUGUAACAGCAUCUCAGUCUUGUAACAUUCCAGGAUGAUGAAAUACAGCUGAUACUCCUUAAAAAGGUAGUAAGUGGA